CGAAAGCCAUGCUAUCUCCCACCACUCAGACGAAAGAUGAAGGAGGGAGUGCGAGCUUCUUUUGUUCGGCUGACGGGAAUCCGCCUCCAAAAAUCCAAUGGAGAAUCAAGGACAGUAGAGCUUUGAUAGGACCUAAUUACUCAAUGAAAGAGGAUGGAACGCUUAUAAUAAAACGCUUGAGCUACAGUGACGCUGGGACGUACACUUGUAUUGCGACAAAUAUUCUUGGAUCACAUAGCGUUUCUGGAGACCUGGUAGUCCGGGGACUUCCCGUAUUUACUCUGGUGCCUCCAGCGCUUGUCACACCGAAAGAACUUAAUACUCUUAGACAAAGUUGUCAAGCUGAUGGAAUUUCCCCACCUGUUUUAAGCUGGAGGAGAUCAGGGAUGUCUUUCCCCGGUGGAAAGACUGUUCAGAGUGGGGGAAACCGUACCAUUAGCCCCAUUGUCCUGUCGAUAGUGGAUUGUGCAAGUGUAUAGCAACAAACAGUAUGGGUACCAAGAAAGCCUCUAUGAACGUGGUAGUGCAGCAGCAACCGGGUUUUGAUUGCAGCUGGCGUAGCCGAUAUAUAUACAGAAAAAAAUACGGUCAAAGUUGGGGAUGGACACAUUAUCCGACUGCAUUUAGCGCAAUCAAUUUUCCAAACAAGUGGUAAAGUCUUCCUGCAAGGAUAUCGAUUGAGGAUAGUUCAACAUAAGCCGAUGUCAGGCUUGCAAGUCACCAUUCGUUUGUA